AUGUCUCAACCCCAGCCCCAGGCCCAACCUCAGACCCAGCCGCGCACAAGAAAGGUCACCACUCGUUCGCGCAAUGGAUGCUGGACCUGUCGUGCCCGGCGGAAAAAAUGCGACGAGAAACGACCGUUCUGCACGCCAUGCGAGCGCAAGUCGCUACAGUGCAGCGGAUACGGGCCACGCCUGAAAUGGGGCAAUGGAGUGGCCUCGCGAGGAUACCUUAUGGGCUCAGCUAUCCCGGUGCAUCCCAAGGAUGUAGUGAGCGGGAAGAACGAGCCCUCCUCGUCGUCGUCGGCGCAGAUAACGCUGGGUGCGGUGGGAAGUAACAGCGCCGCGAAACAGAAGAGCCCCAAGAGCAGUCCGUCAGCGAACGUAGGGUCUCUAUCGCAGUUUAUGGGAGUCUUGAACUUCUCUGUGCCUCCAGCUCAGAAUAAGACGAGCACCAGUUCCAGCUCUCUCUCGCCAGAGGUGAAGUCGAGGAAACCGGCCUCCUCUUCGUCUAUACACAGCUCUCCCUCCGUGGCUACGACUUCUAAUACAUUGGUGACGGCCAUACCUCUAAAUCCCUUUGACGAGGAGAUUUUUGAAGAAUUUAAAGAAUGGGGAUCCCAAUAUCUUUCCCAUGGAGCUGAGGCCGGACAGUCUCCCUUUGGAGACAUUCUUGCAUUCUGCACCGAGUCCAGGUCGUUGGUGGCCAACUGCCUCACAUUCCAGCUGACCUUACAUCCCGAGCAUGAGGACAAGUUUGAAGAAUACUAUGCAAAGUGUCUAAGGCUAUUCCGUGAAGACGUAUGUGAUACGAAGUGUGCAAUGAAGGAUGCCACCCUCAUUGCAGGGAUCUUGCUAUGUUCCACCGGGAUGAACCGUUGCAUGAAAUGGACCGUCCAUCUUAAUGGUCUCUACUCGAUAAUCCAAUAUCGAAACACUCUCACGGUCCCCAGCCGAAUCAGCUCUGAGAUCCUAGAUAGCAUCGGCUUCUUUGAUCUACCUACCCAUGUUCUAGGCCGAGCAACGAAACCUCUACAUAUAUGGCGCGACUAUUGUCGCGGUAAAAGCGGGAUAGAGCCCAACAGCAACAUACCAUUCAGCCUAAUCGACCUUUUCUCGACGAUCGGCCAGCCAGGAGUCGAGCUGCAAUUCUGGACAUGGACAUGGAAUGAAAGCAGUGGUCAAAAUGAUAGUAACGAAAACUCUAGCCGAAACGCCCACCCCCCUAGCGCACUGACUCGAUUAGCAUGGGAUGCUACUCGUUUGGCGGGAAUUAUCUCCGCGCGGGAGUAUAAACUGCUAAACUACGCUGAGAGGACCGAAUUCUCUCCGACAAACCCAUAUCAGCCGCCCGAAAGUGAAAACGAUAGCUGCCCACCCACCCAGUUCCUUGUUGAAGCUAUCAUCUCCAAUCUCACCACUAUUCUCACCACCGAACCCCAGCAACAGCCACUGCCCUACCAACAAUACCCAGAACAGACCGAUAGACAGCAACAGCAGCAGCAACCGCCUCAACCUCCCCCACAAGAGAUGUAUGAAGUCCUUAAUCUCCUUCUCUACCCGGCCUUUGUUGCAGGAACACAGCAUACCUUGCUCACGACCCAACAUAAGCAACGCAUCGAGGCGUUUUGGCAGGAACUAUUCCCGGAUAUGGGUGCCGAUGGUCCCGGCACGCCACAUAUCCAGGUUCCCCUCGACAUAUUGAGAGAUCUAUGGAGAGACGCGAGAGGGAGGACUGCGGAUAUGAUUGCCAAAGAGCGCGGGGUGGAAAUCGGGUUGUUUUGA